GAUGAAUUUAUGAAAUGGAAUAAGUUUUAAUGUUUUUCAGUUGCCCAAAAACUGGCAAGUCAUUGUGGCUUAAAGCAUUUGUCAGUAGGAGGCGCUUUGCGUUAUAUAUUAAACAACCAACCAGAUACAGAACUGGCAAUUAUGUUAAAGUGGCAUCUUUAUAAAGGAAUGACAGUACCUGAUGAACUAGCUAUUCAAGCCCUAGAAAUAUCUCUGAUGGAAAAUAUAUGCAAUACUGCAGGUGCUGUCAUUGAUGGAUACCCUGUAACUUACUCUCAAGUGAGUAUCUUGGAAGCCAGGUCCAUCAUCCCAAUGAUCAUCUUUGAGUUGGAUGUGCCUUCCAAAGAGAUUUUCAAAAGACUGCUCCUGGAAAAAAACAAGGGACCAAGUUUGCCUUACCCAUUACACAACAGUGCACAGAUUAUAGCUGUCAGGAACUCAAGCUACAACAAAAAUGUUGAUGAAAUUAAGCAAUAUUAUGAAAAACAGCAUCAGAACUGGUAUGUGAUUGAUGGAUUCCACAGCAAAUGGUGGGUAUGGAAUGAAGUCAUUAAGAAAAUUCAUAUGGUGAAUAGUUAUAUACAGAAAUAUCUGGAAAGAAUAAAAGCAGGAAAAGCUGCCCACAUUGACAAGUUAUGUAUCACACCUGAAGAGCUUGCUUCUCGCCUGGGCGAAUUUGGACAGUUCUGCCCUGUCAGCCUGGCAGAAUCAUAUGAAUUAAUUGAUUGCUCGGAAACUGAGUCCUUGGAAUUUGCAGCUGAGUUCAGAGGGCACUAUUAUAAAAUGAGUUCUCAAGAAAAACUGAACAAAUUUUUGGAGAACCCAGAAUUAUAUGUGCCUCCAUUAGCUCCUCAUCCACUCCCAUCUGCCAACAUGAUGCCCAAAAAGCUGACACUGUCAGAGUUGAAGAGUCGAUUCCCUAAGUGUGCUGAGCUCCAGGGCUACUGUCCUGUGACCUACCAGGAUGGAAAACAAAGAUAUGAAGCCCUAGUACCUGGUAACAUUAACUAUGCUUUAGAAUAUCGUGAUCAUAUAUAUAUUUGUGAAAGUAGAGAAAAACUCGAGAAAUUUUUGAGAUUUCCGCUGAAAUACUGGGACCAGAAGCUUCCACAUAAACUUCCUCCAUUAAAGGAACCAGUACCUCUUACUAGUCUUCCUUUGCCUGGGUAUCUGGAGCAGGGUAUGGCAACUUCUCUGAUUAAAGCAAUGAAUGCAGCAGGAAGCAUAAAGCCCAAAUUCCCUUUCUUAAGUGUAAGAAGAUCUGUGCUACUAUUUAUAGCAUUUCAUCUAAAAGCCUUUAAUCCCAAAGGUUCUGAAUAUUCAAGAAAAAAGUACAAGAGGAAGAUGGAGCUGUUUUUAGAGAGAUGUGAACUCAUCACUUACCUGAGUGCCAAGAUGACUAAAAAAUACAAGGAACCUCAGUUUAGAGCCAUUGACUUUGAUCAUAAAUUACAGACCUUUGUCUCUCUCAGAAAUAUAGACCCAGCUAAUGAAUAGCUUGCUUGGUAACUGCAACCAGAAUCUCAAGUUAUCUGAAAGAGAUAAAAGGAAGUAGAUUGAAGAUCUGAUCCCCUCUGAUGUGUUUUUCCCUCCUGAAUGAAGUAGCACUUCAUUUUGAGUCUGCCAGCCUUCAAACAGACUCAAAGCCCUGCCAGGCAGGAAGGCGUGCUCUUUCAUAAGCACACAUUUAACAUCAUUUUAAAGUUUGUUCCUCAUAGCCUGAUCUUUCAUACUUUAACAAAAUAGUUAUUCCAUUUAGAACUCCAUUUAGAAUAUAUAACUUAAUGUAUGUAAUAAAGCUAUUGUUCCUUUUCCUCUUUAACAUUUUCAGUAGAAAAGUCAGUUUCUGCUCAAGAAAGCUACCAAUUUAUUGUUAGAAAGCUUCAAGAAAGAAAGUUAAUGGUGAUGUAAAUAAACAGAAAUAUUGAUUAUACUUUUCAUAUAGGAGUUGUUAGCAAACUUUUAAAUGUAAGACACUUCAUUAUUUUCCCCACAAAAUAAAUGAAU